UUGGAGAUUGGCUGUGUAGAGAUAAUAAAAAGUGAGGGGGUUGAUAACACCCCGUCCACUUCCCUUAUCAGAUUGAUAAGAUCAAGAUCAGUAUACGUCAUAUUAAUAUAAGAUAAGAUCGAGGUCUCUUACAUAACAGCUCAUUUGCGACUAUAUAUAAGAGGAUAUCGUAUGAUGAGCCCACUCAAGGUUAAGAUCAUCAUUCCAAGAUGUUGUUCCUAACGCUAGUCUCCUUUGCUUUUGUCGGACUCACGACUGCAGCUUUUAAAGACGACUGCCUCAGAACCCACAAUCGCCUCCGUGCAAUGCACCGUAGCACUGGCUCACUGGUAUGGGACAACAAACUUGCCCAGCAAUCUGCAGCUUAUUCUAGGAAGCUUGUCCAAUUGGGACAACUCAAACACGACCGUUCACGUGGUAACGUCGGGGAGAACUUGUUCAAGCGAUCCAACUCGGCAAGAAACUGGCCUGUCUCCAACCGAUGCGGACCAGCAACAUUCCAAUGGUACGACGAGGCCAGGAAGUUCAGUUAUAACUACCCCAAUGGAGGAUUUUCAGCACGAACUGGUCAUUUCACCCAGCUUGUAUGGAAGGGCACUAGAACUGUUGGAUGUGGUGAAGCCAAAGGGAAGAACGGUAAAUGGUAUGUGAAUGUGAUCACCUGCAGAUAUGGCCCACCAGGCAACUACAAAGGGCAAUUCCAGAAGAACGUUUUGCCCCUCAAGCCAGGAAAGUCCUACCCCAGGAGUUGGAAUAAUGUAGGCCUAUACUAAGCCAACACGUCGAGUGUUUAUCUCUUUUGUGUAAUAUCAAAUUAUUUGAAUAAAAGAAAUCCAACACGUACAAGUGUCU